UGCUUCGUGCCCUUGUGUGUUCUGGUGUUUGUUUUUGUUCGUGAAAGUUCAUCUCAACUGGUAAACACUGCUGGUACCGGCUUCUUUGUUUUGGUUUUUCGGGUUUUGUUUUCAUUGCUUAAUUUGCAACAUUUUGAUGGUGAUUGAGUCGAAAAAUUCUUCAACAACUUCUAGGCCCAAACAUCCAAUUAUCAUCAACUUUUUUAAAUUGUCGACAAAUGUGACAAACAAACAACAAACAACAGCAAUAAUCCACUGUUUUUCAAUUCGGCUAUCAAUCAAUUUUUCUUCGAUUAAAUUCAUUCGUAAAUCCAAUUUGAAUUUUGGAAAAUCCAAAAAUCAAAAAACACAUAGACAACGCCUCUACAAAAUAUUACCAUAUUUUUCUCCCUACAACAACAACAGCAAUAAUAACACUUUACUUCCGCAUCGAAUUACAUAAUGAUCGAUUGAUUACGGAUUACGGAUUCAUUCAUUCAUUGAUUGAUCACGUGUGAAUCAACCACCUUUGAAGAUUCAAACUGCAAAUUGAAAAACUUUUUUUUUU